AUGUCAAAGACAAAGUCAAAGAAGCGCAAGCAAAACGCUCAAGCCCAAGCCCAAACCGAUAACCCUCGAAAGAUCGCAAAGACAACAUCUCCCUUGAUACCGACUCCUCCUCCCGAUGGCAGCACCUUCGAGCCAAAGAACCUUCACACUGUCGUCUCCGAGGAAGAACUCGAGAUUGCCAUCGACACCCUCACAUCCCUCGCCCAAUAUCCUGGCUUGAUCAAGUCAAAGCUCUGCAAGGACCUUCGAGUUGCCGUAUACGACUUUCGACAAGCUUGUACCACGGGUGUCAACAAUGCUGCUGGCGCGAACCUCACGGCGCAGGUUACGGCUGCUUUAGCCGAUCGGAAAUACACUGAGGCGAGGAUUCAUCUUGCCGAGAUGAAGAUUCGAGGUGAACAGCCCAAGCUCGGAGCCCUGUGUCGAUGGGUGCGAGAUCUUGAUGUCAUCAGUGGUCUGUCGACUGUGCCAGACCAGCAGGGUCUUGUGGUGCGCUCCGAGAGGGAAGAGACCCUGAUCAAGGUCAUCGAUGCCGUCCUGAGAGUCUGUGGCCAUGAGGAUCGAAACCCCAACGCCGUGGUACAGCCAUCCUCAAUUGCUCUCCAAGAGAUUUGGGAUCUCCGACCAGAUACACCCACCGAGGAAGUCUUCGCUACAGUUCUCGACGGCAGCCUCAUUGCUUCAGCGCCCGACUCUCUCAAGAAGAACCUGCGCAUCAUCGAGACAACACCUGGCCCCGAGCGCAAGCCUCCCAAUCACCACGAUGCCAUCCUAUACGCCUCCACACCCGACGCCGUUCCUCUGUCUACCACGCCGCCACCGACUACCUAUACGCCACAUCCAGUUGUGGACGGUCUCAGCGUUGCUACGCAUGUUCUCUAUCCUGAGGAGUGCAAGGCUAUCAUUGCUGCCGGCGAAACUGUCAACUUCGUUCCUGAUGCACCGCUGCGCGAGGACGGAGAUGUCAGCAUUCUGGCGCACAACUUCUAUUGGGUCGUCGAUCAGACGUUCCACGAUACACUCUGGUCGCGCAUUCGACCAUUUGUACCGGCGUCUAUGAAUGGCCGCUUGGCUAGGGGAGUCAACCGCCGGUUCAGGGUCUAUCGCUAUGUCCCCGGCGCAGAGUACCGAGCACACAUCGACGGCGCGUGGCCCCCGAGCGGUAUAACAAAGGACGAUACAUACGUAUACGACAACUCGCCUGCCGAGAAAAAGCAGAGCUCGCUGUUCACCUUCCUGAUCUACCUGAACCAAGAUUUCGAGGGCGGCGAAACAACAUACUUCCUGCCAGCUGCGCGCGAGGGAGUCUUGAACGCAUACCCCGUCCGACCGAUUAUGGGAGGCGCCGCCGUUUUCCCGCAUGGCGAGAUCAAUGCGACGCUGCAUGAGGGUACUGGUGUCAGAAAAGGAGCCAAAUAUGUCAUUCGAACAGAGAUUGAAUACGAUAUCGAACCAUCUGAGGAGGUCAAGGUCUGA